AUGGGACUUCAGAGCGCCAUCAAAGCCGGCCAGACCGCCGUCGAACUCGGCCGCACCGCCCAAGGUUUUGCCGGCGCCGCCUCCGAGCUGCGGUCAGCCGACAAGGGUGAGCUGGGCCGCAAGGCCGGUCGCCAUGCCUUCAACGAGGGCGCCGAGACAGGCAAAACCAUGGGCAAGACCUGGCUCAAGACGUUCGAGGUGAUUCCCCGCAUGAUCGUCCGCGGGCUGCAGUUUCUCUUUGCCAUCAUCGCCUGCGGCUUCUACGGGAACAGAGUCGACGCCGAUCGGAAAGCCGACGGUGCCUUCUCGCCCGAGUGGCUCCUGGCCAUCAUCGUUGCGGGGUUGUCGGCCAUCACAGCGGUCCUCUUCGUCGCCGCGACGCCACUAGGUGCCAUACCGUACUUUGGGAGCAGGAUCAAGCUGUUCAAGACGUACCGGGCCUUCCCCUGGGACGCGAUCCUAUUCAUCGCCUGGGUAAUUGUGUUUGGCAUAUUCGCGGGCAUCUUCCUCCACAGGGGCGACGACGACGACAAGUACAAGGGUAGUUCGACGGGUGCGAUGAAGACGGCGGUCUGGGUGGACUUUGUCAAUGCGCUUUUCUGGCUGGCUUCCGCUGUCUAUGGCGCCUUCAAGACGUUCAUGGGUGACAAGGCAGAUGAGAUGACGGAUAAGGUCGGGACCAAACUCUUUGAGAAGAGAAAGACGGUUCCCAAGGACAGUUCUGACGCUGAGAGCGUGUGA